AUGUCUCAGAAAGCUUGUUAUGUUUGCGGAAAGUUAGGUCAUUUGGCUGAUAACUGUGACUCUGAGCGGUUAUGUUACAACUGCAAUCAACCAGGUCAUAUUCAAUCAGAAUGUACCUUACCCAGAUCCGCUGAACAUAAGCAGUGUUACAACUGUGGCGAAACUGGCCACGUGAGAGGUGAGUGCAACAUCCAAAAAUGUUUCAACUGUAACCAAGCUGGUCAUAUUUCCAAAGACUGUCCUGAACCAAGAAGAAGCAGGUUCAGUACCAGCAGAGCUUCCUUCUCGACCAAAUCAUCUAAGGUUUCGUGUUACAGAUGCGGUGGGCCAAACCAUAUGGCAAAGGACUGCUUGCAAGAUGAGACCAAGUGUUACUCUUGCGGCAAAUCAGGUCAUAUUUCCAGGGACUGUCCAAGUGGUCCAUCUGAGAAAACCUGUUACAACUGCAAUGAACCUGGGCAUAUCUCCAGAGACUGCCCAGUUCACUAA